AUGCCAAAACAUAAUACCCAAGCCAAAUUAAACAUACAAACAUCAGCACAAGUGGCUUUGAACGGCACCUCCAAUUCACCAUUCUCCCUUCCUUCACCCUCCACUCUACAUUUAUCCUACCUCGCCCCUAAGGCGACCAAUCGCGUCGAGAUCAAAGACUGGGCCUGGCCCGUCAGCCAAGUCUCCAACGCCUGGUGGAGCGCCGUCGGCGAGUCCAAGUUCACAACCUUCUCGAGCGCGAUGCAGGCGAUCCCCUGGACCGAGAAGGUGAUGCUGGGCUGCGUAACGGCGUGGGAGUCGCGCCUAUCCUACCGGAUCGCGUCGCGGUCGAUUGCGCGCGGCCGCGACGACCCGCGCUACGAGGAACUCAAGCACAGGGACCCGGAGUUCUGGAAGGCCGCACUCUUCAAGAUAUUUCUCCCUGAGGCGGCGUUCUCGACCCUCAUCUCGCUGCCGUUUACCCUGCCGUUCCGGGAGAAUGAGUCGAGUGUGGCAUUUAGUCCGGGAACGAGUGAUGUGUUGCGCGCGCUGGGUGUGGGUCUGUUCAGCGCGGGCUUCGCGAUGGAGACGAUGGCGGAUACGCAGCUGGAGCUGCAUCGGCAGGGGAGGACGGAUUUGCGUCGCCAUGUAGUGUGGAGUAUUUUUUACUUAGGUGAGACUCUUGUCCAUCUGUCGUUCGUGCUGCUGAACGCAGGCAACAUUUUCAACCUUCUCACCCUCAUCGGACCAGUUGCAAACUACAUCUUCCUGCGCGUCAUCGGCGGCGAUGCGCAGAACGAAGCGAGCCAGGAGGAGCGGUACAAGAUGGAGGAUCCGCAUAUGUAUGCGCAGCUGCAGACGUGGCGCCGUGAGAAGAACAGCUUCUGGCCUGGAUUGCAGAAGCUGACGAACCCGUGGACGUGGGCUGUCGUGGCCAGUGGACUUGGUGGCGUAGUUGUUGAGGAGGCGAUUCGGACUUCGCUUGUUCGUUGA